CUUUCAGAAUGGAAGAUGCACAGCAACCGGAAAAAGCAUCUUAUUUGUGUCAAUCACCGAUUUGAUCAAGCCCUUCCAUUUUGUCGCUAGGUCAAGCUUGUCUACAAGUACAAUACAAAGUGGGGCUUCAGUAUAUCUGGCUUGUGUUGUUAAUUCGGAGCACGGCACGAAAACGUUGGAAGGAAGAUUAAUUGCACCACGAGGUUAGUAAUUAUAUUUUUUAGUAUUUCUCGACCGCUAUCUAUGUUACAAUUGCAAUAACCCUGUGCUCUUUAUUUUAACGAGAACUUUAAGUGUCGCCGGUAAAGUCUUACCAUAGUUUAACAAAACUGCGCUCUACACGAGCUUCAAUAUGGCCAAAAUAUUUAUCAAAACAUUGAUUUUUGUGCACAAUUUUAAGAAGGUUAAUUAUAUAACCUCCAAUAACCCACUUCAAAGUAAAGUUUGAGUUCCUCAAUCGCAAAAAACCGCGGCCUAAGUCAGACUUCCUAUAAAUAACUGGCCUUCAGUUUUCUUCAGUAUUUCGUUGAUUUAUUUGCACUUUGAGUACUUUCGCUGGCUAUAAGCCAAUUGAUAAUAUUCCUUUUGUGGCCCAACACGAAUUCCUGUUUUCAAUGUGUGGUCUUUUUCUAAAUUUUAUUGUGAGUAUUUUAAUUGUCCUUUGUCUCGUUCUUGUUCUUGUUAAUUAUGUAGUUCCUUUGGCCUCACCUCCUCACGUAUUGCUCUUCCUGUUCCUGUUUUCCUCCUUGUCCCGCUCUCUCAAGUACUUUUACUCGCCACGAUCUUGAGUCAAUUCUCUAAAAUUUUUGUUACCCAAAUAAUUUUCUUGCAGCCUGUUAUAUAAAAAUUGUAUGAAAAUUAUAAGCAGGAGUUGUACAUGGAUGACCCCAGCGUGGAAGGGUGAUGUCUGUACAGUGACUUAAGUGGGUCUGUUUUAACUCUUUACUUGAUGUUUUGGUAACUGAAGUGUCUACCCUUAAAGAUAGCGCUGUGUCAGUGUCUCAUGUACAAAUUUUUAGUCAGUUGGAGAGAGCAAUUUGGGAUUGCGUUGGUUUUCUGGUUAACUUCGCUCUGUGAUUGAUACAGAAAACGCGUUUUACCCACUCAACCAAUCAGAUGUAAAAUUAAAUCAACCGCGUCUUUGUCACUCGCAGUUAAGCUGUGGUUUAAGCAAUUUGCUUGUUUGUUGUUUGAGUUUUCAAUGGCCCCUUAAGAUGUUUUUUCUUUGUGAAAACUUCCUCCGGAUCGGAAGACGCCAUAUCAGUCUCUAUAGUAGCACAGCCUUUGCGACUUUCUUGGUGAGACCUGCACUGAUUACAAAAUUGUUCAUCGCGGUAAUCGUAAAAUAACAAAUCUAAUACGCAAAGAUGUCUCUCACCAAAGCUAAAAUCGUCUACCCACAUUAACCAGAUGUUACAGACGGUAGCAGAACGAAUAACCUAGGCGUUGAAAACAGUCAUUCAUAAUAGUUUCAGAGGGUGAAAACACUCGGCGGACUUGAAAAAUCUCAACCGCAGGUAAUGAAAGACAUUUCUCACUGACUUUGGUUAGCAAAGUCAGGUCUGGCUUUCAGGUAACCAUAGAUCCCAUCAUAGAUAUAUGAGGGCAGCUUGUAGCGGUUCUGGGCGCAAUCGUGUCGUGUCAGUUCCAAGACAAGGCGCUGUGGGUGUGGUAAAGUAUCAGUUAGAUCGCGGAGUUUCUCAGUUAUGAAACCAAAAAUUAGAACCACAGAAAUUUUAAGAGAUGAGGCAACCUUUUUAUUUAAAAGACAAGUUUCGACAGCUCCUCUGGCGUCUUCAGUUUGAAUUAAAGUAAAAGUUUAGUCUGUAAUAUUACACAGUGCAGACGUUGAUUAGGGGUUUCUACGUGACACGUGAUGAAGCUCAAAGUUAAUUCGUGACGCGUGAAUUUUACAGAAAUGCGGGGUGAGGUGAGGAUUAAAGUUUUCCCUUUUAAGUUCGUGACGUGUGAAAUGCUGUUUAAAGUAAAGGUGAAGCGUGAAUUUUUCUAAAGUUUUAGAAUGAAACGGAAUCAGGAGCUCCCUCCUCUCCUUUGAUGGUCUUUGUCACCCUCAGUGGAAGAUGAUGAUUAUUCAGUGACACCAGCUUACUAGGAGAAAAAAAAACUCCAAAGACUCCCAAAAACUUUGCAAGCUCUACCACCGGGCUACAGGAAACUCCUGGUAGGGUAGGUUAUUGAACUAGGUCCAUGACGACAAACUUCCUGCAUACUGCCAGGAUAGGAAUAUCGAUAUGAGAUGCUUCUGUGCAUUGUGUUGGGCAAGGAAAUUAAAGUCGCGAAAAAUUUCAUGUGCGAGUUUGUUGUCCUAAAUGAAUAAUGGUUAGGUUUUGUCAUAAUUUUUUCUAAAUAGCUGGAAAUAACUUCGGUGGGACAACUAAAGUGGAUUUUAGGUAAAAAGUAAAUACACGAAGUUCUAGGAGUGAUGAUGGUGAGAUUUUUUGCAGUGGCCGGCAAUUCUUGUUUAGCUACAAGAUCGUUAAUCGGGUUUUUGAUAAUGUUAAUGUUUUGGUUGAUGAAAGUGAGAUCUUUGUCAACUUUGGCAUAAAAGGAGGUAUCAGAAAGUUGCCACAAAGCUACUUUUUGGUAGAGGUUGGCCCGCCAAAUGACGACUGCUCCGCCUUUGUCGGCCGCUCUAAAACGUGUCUUUGCGUUUUUUUAGACUUUUGGCACGAAUAACAACAGUCGUUGUUUGUCAGCCGCUUUAAUAACUAUGUCUUUGCGUUUUUUUUAGACUUUUGGCACGAAUAGAUUGUACUAAAAAAGCUGGACAGAUUCUAGUCAAUAUCGUCAGGAGUUCAUUUCAAACCAAUGACCAAUUUGGAAAUUUCAAUUGCGCUCGCUCAAAAUGCAAAACUUGUCCUUUCAUUUACAACUUAGAUAAAAUGUCGGAACCCAAAAUAUCCAUUGCGAUCACUGAUCACUUCACGUGCACCUCCGCCAAUGUCAUUCACUGCAUUCAUUGUCCAUAUUGCAAAAGCUAUACAUUGGUGAAACAGGGAGACGACUUGGUGACCGAUUCCGAGAACACCUUCGCGACGUAGAAAGAAAUGACAAGGACAUAUCCGAACUAGUCACAAGACACUUUAAUCUCCCUAAUCAUUCUAGGCAGCAUAUGGCAGUUUGCGGCCUUUCCCUUCGCUAGGCAGUACGGAAAGCCGCAAAGCUCUAAAACAAAACUUCGUCUUUCAAAUCGGCACUCUUAAUCCCAACGGUUACAACGAGCGCUUCACAUUCAAUUAAUUUAUUCUAAAUUUUGUAAUUUAUUCUUGUUCUCUUGUCACCAGAUUUCCACCGAUGGCGUAGCUCCAUUUUCUGUAUAUAAACCCACACACAACCCUGAAUUCCUCCAAUCGCCCUGAUGAAGGGCUAACGCGCGAAACGUCAGCUUUUAAAUUGUUAACCGUGGCCAAUUUACGUCAGCAACUCGGUCGAUUACUGACUAAAUUAUCCUGUUAUACUCUCCUACCGACGCAGCACUCUCAUUUGAGAAAGGAUGAAAACGUAUAAAGAAAUGAUUUUCUAUUUUGAUUCUUUACGUAAAUCACGGUCAGGUUAAAAGCAGGCCAGGACAGAUUCUAUGAUAUCUUAAUUUCACUGUUCUCUCCCGAUUCAGUCUGACAAGCUUAAAAUAAAUUAACUUUCAAUGGCUAAACAACUCUUUUGGAAAAAAUCGAAUUACUCCCUUCCUGAUUAUUUUCAUCAACUGUAGCCGAAUUCAUAGUUUUUUAAUUUUUUAAUUUGUUUUUUUAUCUCAUUAUCGCAUUUGCGCCAACAUCAGGGGGUCGAAUUCAGUCCAAAAUUUCCAUGUCACGCACUGAUGAAUAAAAUCCACUUCAAAUUUAUUUAUUUUCAUUUGAAUAUCUUGUUGGAUGUUGGUUCUUAUAACUAUGAAGAUAGCAAAAAUAUUUGUUGAGGAGUCACAUGUGGCCUUACUCGAGUACAUUUGGAUGGGGCAUAUACCACAGUCGAGCUUUCCAAUUGUAGCUUCUGUUUCAGUAAAAUUUUGUACCAGAAAAGAUCAAUUUGAAUGUCCUUAAGUCUCUCCUACUCAUUUUUAUCUACACUUUUCCUCUGAAUAUCUAAGAGCUUCUACUUUCUUGUAUUUGCGUGCGAAACACCGAAUUCGUGACAAUACAGGUUCGUAAGGGGUACUUCCUUCUAUUGUGAAAAAAAACAAGGUAAGCGGAAAUCCGGUUUUACCGUUCACUUUGUGGGAACCAGUCGCUUAAUCAGGCGAACGUGUUUAAUGUGAUGGUUUUUAAUAACAAAGGGACGGUUGUUAAAGUUUGGUAGCUGAGAAUAUGGUGAGUCGGCGACUGUCAACUACGAUCUUUAUAUCAAAUUUUAUCAUCAAUCCAGUGUAGAAUUUGUUGAGACGUGGACAUUAUCCAUUCUAGGCAAAACAGACCUUGCCCGGACAGAAUUAAUUGUAGUGAUUGCAACACGCAAAGAUAUCGCAUGUCAGAUAGAUGGCAAAGUUCCCCAUCGCGCCCUCCUGCGGCACCCAUGACUAAAAUUUAACGAAACCUUUCCUGAAAAGCCUACAUUGGCAUUAUUUUGCCGUUGUUCUUAACAUUAAUUUCUACGCAAGGAGCCAAGUGCACUUAAACUGAAUCUUUUCUUGUAUUCCUUUCCUGGUUAACCAACCCUUUCUAUUCUCGAUCCCUUGUUACUCAAUAAGAUUAGUUAGUGUUUCAGUUUAGGGUUACAAGAAGGUCAAAGACUACUGCUGAUAGAUCAAGUUAUCACGGGAACGCCUUACAGGGGGGGAGGGAGCGGGGGGGACGGAUACAUGUCACUCACCCCUCUGAUAUAGCAAAUUAAUGAUUUUUAAAAUCAAAACAACCUGGUAUGUUCCUUAAAACAUAGAAAGACUCGGAUUGAUUAAAGACCCCUUUGUUGUGAAACCCUUCUUGCAAGCUUGGAAGUGCAAGUUGUUUUUCUCGAUGUUGGUAAAUGAGAUCUUGUUAAGCCACCUUGCCCUCUGGCGAGUUUCGCUGAGCUGAGCAAGAAAAAGGGCAACAUAGUUGUCUCAUGAUGAUCAUGUUGCACAGUAUCCAGAGAAAAUAAUUGUACGAUAUCUAGCGUUUGCUGUUCAAACUCGCAUGACUCUCAUAAGAAUUCGUGUGGUACACGUGUUACCUAUGAACUUAGUGUAUAUGGAAUCCACUUACAGUUCUUCGUUGUCUUUGUUCUCGAUGUCGCGCCGCAUAAGCAAGCAACAGAACAUUAGUUCUGCCAAAAGAAGUCAACCAGAGCCCUGGAUUGCUUCACUCGGGUCUUCUCCUCCUGAAAGGCUCUGGAUAAAUACUUAACAAACGAGUUAAGACGAGGUAUGAUUAUACUUUACUCUGAGUGGGGCGACGUUUUGGCCAACAAGCUGAGGGUUAACGGAGUCGCCUGAAAGUUGCAGUAUCUAAAUGAGAUGAGAUCAAUUUCGGAAAAAAAUUGAAAUGUAAAUCCUUUAGCAUCAAAUGCAGCUUGAAUUUUCUUUCUGUUUAGGGAGCCUCCUCCUCGUUAAUUUAUCUCUGAAGGGCGGAGGCAGGGGGGAGGGGGCUGGGGGAUUUUAGGGGAGAUCCCAUGGUUUUCCGGGGGAACGGAGGGAGGGGGAUUUUGGUCAUAACCAACAUAGUAUGAAGGGGGGAGGCUACAGAAUAUUGACCGUCAAUUAAGGAGAAAGGUGAGAAUAAUAUAAAACCCUAUAAGGGGAUUAGGUGAAUUUCAUCGUUUCAACCGUUAAUGUUGUAAGGAGAAAUAAGAUGCUGAUCACCCCAGGGGGUCUCUGGGUUAAUAAGGUUAAUUAGGUGUUGCAUUUUAUUAUUUCAGAGUAACUUUUGAUUGAUGCUUCUUGGAAUACAACGAAGUAAAGAACAAAGGCAUAAAAUUUUUAUAGGGUGAUAGCCAAGACUAGAAAUGUACCUGAAAUAACACAAACGGAUAACAACCAGCCAGCGCUGGCUGUCCCUGACACAAAAAGGCGGGGAACAAAGGCAUAGCGUAUCACGUACGUGUUCUAACACGAGCGCGGUCCGAACACGCAAAUGCACGCGUUCUCCCUGUCCCGCGAGUUUUCUGAAUUAAUGCAUGAUCAAGUCGACAAAAUGAAAUAUCUAAAUGUCUUUCUUUUACAAUUCAUGCUUUGGUUUACAUUACAUUUGUCAAACCUCACGCGAUGAACACUGCUUUUUUCUGUCAUGUUUUUAUCAGGAUGUUUAGUUCACCAGUUACCAACUCUGAUUCGAUUGAUCGUACGCUUUAUGCCAAAACAUUACCAUGGUUUUCAUUACUGAGCAGACCAAAUCGUGACAAUAUUUCUUUUCAAUUUUUUAAGCCUACUAAUAUCAUUUGCUCAAGAUUUUCACCAGAGUAUUUCUGAGUUGGGUGCCUCCUUGAAGCAAUAUCCACGGUGGUCCUGGCAAAAUCUCAAAACACGAGAUUGCUGAUCGCAGCUUUCCUCAGCUAACGGAAGUUUUGACGGAAACUGACUUUUAGGGCAAUCAAUUAUUUCUACAGAUUACCCUUGGCCUUAUUCGUUCAACGUUAUGAUAAGUACAGCAUGUGUAUAAUUAGAACAUCGUGAACACGAGGCGUCAGGGAAAGAAACCAGAAAGGGAUUAGAAAGAGUCACUCAACAAUGCUCUCCUUACAUUUCAGUUAACCUUUAACUCCCAUGAGUGACCAAGACAGAAUUUCUCCUUACAAUAUCAAUACAAUACCAAGCAGGCAAGUGAUGAGAAUCAAGAAAAAUAUCAAUUAGGGAUUAUAAGUUGAUCCAAUACCAAAUUCUCCAAACUAACCUCACAAGAACUGAGUGUGGACAGUUAGAAGAAUUACUUAAGAGAUCUUGGGAGUUGAAAGGUUAACAGUGAUUGUGAGAAUUCAGUAUCGAUUCGGAACAGCGACUUUAUUUGUUAUUUUUCAGUUGCUCUUUUUUUAUUUCUGUUCGCUUGAUUACCGUGAGUUUUGUUUAAAUCUUUUACUUUCGCUCUUUUUCAUAGCUGUACCAAUGUAUUUGUGUCAGUGUCUUCUCAAUUAAGGCCGAUUAGGUUUUAUCAGCUGGUGUAUACUGACGCGUAUGACAAAGAUUUGAUUCUUACACCAGUAUUCUAUGAAGGGCUUGGAGAGCCGAAGACGAAAGCUUUAAAUACUUAGCUUCAAUUUCAGAGUUGUUCCAUAAUGAGAAAGAGGAGAGUCAUGACUAUCAUCAAGGGAGGUGUCUCCCUUUGGAGUCUAAUUCAGGUGCAGAUCCCUGAUUGGAAUAUGCUACUUUUAUUAUUCAGAAAAUCUGAGAGUGAAACGUCUUCGCUGCUAGGAUAAACCAUGACUUAAUCCAAAGUUUUCAAACGGUUUUAAAAAAAUUCAGACGAAAUCUGAAUGUGCUGAUUAAAUAAGAAAAGUAGUUCCUUAGCUCUUGUCCCUUUUCCGUAGCACGUUUGAUUAAACCUUACGAAGUGAAUAUCCGUUCACGUUCAGGCCAUUUUGAGAAAGAGGAAGCGAUGACAUUUGAAAACCCAGCACCGGAAGUUACUGAGAUAAACAACGUACAUCUCGGUCCCUUUUCAGCGGAUGUAGUCAGCAAGUAUAAUGUCCAACUUCAAGCUGAACUCUUGACUUUCCCGGAGAAUUUUUCAAUUCUCUAACUUGAAACUCCAUUAAGUCACUGUAAUUUUGCAAGGAGCGUUUUCGCGGUUUCUUUGCGUUAAAAGAUGCUAUUUCCUAUACCGCCCCCUCAAUGCGCACAGAUGUGACGUCAAGGAGAUCCCGCGUAAAUCUAAAGUGACAUAGCAAUUCUAAUAUUGUGAGACGUGAUUUACUGUCAAUUGGAGGAAAUAUAUAAACCAAUUAUGUAUCCGUGUCAGUCUUUUACUUCGCGUCUUUGAUCAAAUAGAGACAGUGACAAAGCCAUUUAUUCUAACAUUCAUCUGUGAAGAAGCUUUAUCAUUCAUCUCAUUCUCAGACGAGUAAGUUUCCUAUCAACUAGUUCUCAAAUUUGCAUAUUACAGUUUUGUUUUACAAUUAUCGGAAUGUGUAACUAAUUUGUAUGUAUGAUAUUACAAAAGCCAUUGAACAAAUUAUCUUAUGUCUAAGAUUUGUAGGUUUCUUCUCUUCCUUUCAAAUAACUAUGUUCUCUUGGUAAGAUGUUAAGCUGGAGAUAAUGGUGGUGUGACAGUUUUCGAAGGUGAACAUAAGAGCUCUUCGGGCAAUAUUAGGUGACCAAGUGAUAUGGAGUGCGUGAGGUUUUCUUUUGAAAUCGUCUUUUUUUUAAAAUUCAUAUUUAAAUCUCUCUUUAUAUAUUGUAAUGAUGACGAUUCAAUAUUUUAGUAGUGAUAUUAGAGCAUAGCGUACGUCAUCUAUAUUAAACAGAUUAGGCAGGUAGUGAUUACUCCAUUUAACCAAAAACCGAUCGUGAAAAUGAUAAUUCAGCGCGGGCUCUUUUCCCGAUUAGUGGCUAUUAUCAAGUCUAAGGAAAAUCUAGUUCUUGAUUUUUUUUGUGGGAGGGAGGGGAUAUCAAUCCAAAGAUUUGCAUGACAUGCAAUACUGAAAAUGAAAAAUACUUUACACUUCAAGUCCGAGCACGAAUCGUCUUUCAGUUGACCGUCGUAAGAAACUAUUCUCACGCUUUUGCCCAGUGCUCUUUACAGCAAUCUGUUUGGAGGUUUGACACCUUGCCAGGAGCCCAUCCUAUCCGUGUAACAGGCUGGUCAACAAAUAUAUGUAAGCUUCUAGGAUUUUUCGGUGAAUAUUUCCUCUCUUCGCGCUCGCAGGCGGAAGGAAGAGAGGCCCUGGCAGCGAGAUAAACAUAGAAUGAUGACAGGUAGAUGUUUCGACAGUGGACCUGGUACAAUGUUCACACCAGGUCAUGGAAAUGGUUACACUCAAAUUGUCAAAUUCGAGGUGAUCAGCGGAAGUGUUUUGAUUGAUUUAUUGAUCCGCCUCUAAAACUACCGGCCAAUUUGUUUAUCCAAAAUAUAAAAAUUUAAAAAAAAAGGAAAAGAAAAAUUUGAAAAUGGAUGAUUCUAGUAUUUUUUUGCCCUUUUUGUACUUUAAUCCAUCACUGAAAGACAAUUUAAAUGAAAUAACAUAUGGUUCGGAACUUAAUUUUAUAUUAAAGAGUCUUUGCGGAGGUCUUUUUAAAAUUUAUAAUACUCGGCGGGAAGUUUUUUUCAUGACAGCACGGAAUAUCUCGUCCAUUAUAUCAAUGUCAUUUUAUUGAUUUUCAUUUAAUUUAAGAGGUUACAGCAAGAACUGUUACAUGCAUACCAACCUCGACAAGAUUUCAGAAUUUACACAAAUUUCGGCCAACUUUGAAGAUUAUUGGGUGAUAUUUUCCUGAUCUAUGAAAUUAUUGGACAUAAAUUUCGUUCAUUCAGUAUAAAAGAAUUACAAAUUAUAUUUGUUCUGAUUUUAAAACAGGAAAAGCCAAAGAAAUGAAAGAAAUAGAAGGAUUUAUUUAUUCAAAUUCGUUCCCAGGGCCUCUCUAAGUUUUCUGAAUUAAAACCAAAUCAGUUUUUUAGUUUUCCUUAGAAGAUUAACCAGUUUUGCAGGUAACAGGUUUUGUCAGCAUCCUUUUGGGUUAAUCGGGAAAUCAGUAAAAUUCAUCGGUAACUGAAAAAAAUCAAUUUAAAUUUAUUAACGAACACCCAUCAAGGCUUCUUUCAUGUGGCUUCAUUUUUUUAUUUUUAGCUGUGUGUUAAGUAAAAAAGUGGGUCUAUGAGCCAGAAAAAGAUUCAAUACUUUUGGAAAAGCUCCAGCUUAAAGGUAUUUCCUGUUGUGAUCGUAUCAUAUCUUUGACAUUUCUAUCCAGGGAACCUUGAUUUGACAUCAGGAUUAACCGGAAUUUUUCCUCGGUGAUUGCAUCAGAAAAGAGAGAAAAAUAUACACAAUAAGAACGAGCCACCUUUGUCAAAUAAAGAAAAGAAAUUCUUAAUUAUUCGACUGAUAACAAAGAGCUUAUUGAACUAAGUGAAAAUUACGGUGAUUAAACUUUUGAAAUCUUCGUGCUACUUGUCCAAAUGAGGUAGCUUUGACGUAGAUUGCCAGACGACCAAUGAAACGUGAUAUCAGGUGACAGGGUUUAUAUAUUAGUGCACGGAAACGGUUUUCAUUAGAUGAACAUCAGUAACACUGGGUGUUGCUGGAAAAUCUUCGCAAACAAGAUUUCAAGCUUCUCUUUAGGGGGCGAAUUUUUCAGUUUCACGAAAAGUAAGUCACAUGCGCUUUUAAUUAAUGCAAACUAUGAAUUUGACUGAAGCUUGUACGUGCAAUAUUCAUGAUAGUACUCUUGCCCUUAAGAAUUGAACUAUUAAUUGUGAAAAUCUGUCGACAGCUGAGCAACUUCCUCACUGAAUCCGAAAACGUUCUGCAUCGUAUUUUGUACCUAAGAACUAGGAUAUUGAAGAUCUAUAGUGCUAACUACCGACUGCCAUAAUAAUGUCGAAAUUUUUAAUGUUUAUGUUUCACACGAACGACGAAAAGGUCGCAUCGGAGUGGAGCUCUUGAACGGCGAUAAAACUACUUUAGCGUCUGUAAAAUUUGUUUUAGCUCAAAAAAUCCAGCCAUCAGUCUAUUUCAUCUAUGAUAAGGUGUUUCCAUCUACGCUUUCCCUUCUGAUCUCCUAGCAGUCGAACGAUUUUGAAGAUAAAUGUAUUUAAAGUUGGCUUGUUUUAACACACAUCGGCACAGAAAUCUUUAAGAUCUUUCACAUUCCCACGGGAAGUUUCGUCGAAUUUCCUGAUAAGAAUGUUUUUUCACAGUGUAAGCUUAGAGUCAGUAGAUUUCUUUGUAUGUAUUUUUCUCUCAAUUUUAUCCCGUUUGUUUGGUCUUUACUGAAUUUAUUCUAGCGCGAAGAAUAUGCUAAUCAAACCAGUACAAGAUCGAUGUCGAGAAAACAUGUAGACAUUCAAAAUCCCUUUUUUAUUACCCUCAUGGUGUGUACAAAACAUUUUUCAUUUAAACAGGGUUUUAAGCCGAACAAAUCGAGCUAAAAGAGAGCGUUGCAGUCUUCGUUCUUUGUUUGUUUAUCACGGUUCGCUCGACAGAUAUGAUAGAUGUUUAGACGUAUCCCUUCGUUCGUAACAACAUAUUUAUUAUUUAGUAUUUGUUUCUUGAACUUUUGCCCGAAAAAUUGAAGAUUUAGUGCCUAUGUGCUGUAAAGGCUUUUAAAAAGUCAUGAAGUUGAGCUAUUUUCGCCUGUUUACUUAAAACUCUUGCGUUGUAACUAUUGUAGAUAGCUAGUUUUUGACGCAGUUACUUUGGCCUUGUAAAACUCUUGCCUGUUAUUGGUCAGUUUUGUGGGCUGAUCUGGAGGUGUGUCAGGGGGCGUUUUACGCGAUGAACACGCGCGAUAAACACGCGCGUGUCCUUAUCGAUGAGAUUCCUCGUCGCGAGUUUAUCUUCCGAAAUACAUCUGGUAGCUCUGAAUAAGUCUAUUUAUCUUUUACUUGAAAGUGAACAGAUGUAAUUUUCCAUAAGAGACACAUGCUAACAGGAGUUAUUUUAAAUUCAAUGAAAGGAAGCAACUUGUCAAAAGGGGAAAUCAGAAAGUGUGGCGUGAUGUUACUGCUUCUGCCCCAGUCUUUUGGGAGAUUGGGCCAUAAAAGGGUCUAAAAUAACAUGCACUUUCAUUGGUCAGUAUUUAUCUCCCUACGUCAGCUGACCAAUCAGAAUAUUUUUACUAAGUGCUUUGAUAAGCGGUUUUGCAAGUAAAAUUACUCCUAGCACUUUCAUCACCCAACCAUUCGCCUCGACUUAGUUGAAAGUACAAAAUAGAUUGCUUCUUCUCAUUCCUAGGAACACAGUAAAGGAGAACUAACCAGUUAAAGCCUCAAUGGCCCUUCAUUUGAAAGAUGAGUGGGAGAAUUUUGUGGUGGAACAGCUUCGAGGACCGUACAUGAAAGAGUUUGGUAAUCUGAAGACGGACGGCGAGCGCUACAAGUUUUGCAAGUAUAUUUUACGGUAAGGUUUUGUGUGCCUAGUUUCGCUUAAAUUUGAUGUUUAUUCAGCAAGCACUUAAGUUGUAAGCCUGGGGUUGUCGUUCAAAGUCUUAAGGCGAUGUUUUUAGACCUUAGAUAAAGCUCCUAAAAGCUAAGAUUUGAACUAGACAAACAAGGGAAAUUGCAAGAUGCCGGUAUUGAUGGAAACUUCAGAUGAAGGAAGGAAUUUAUCAAUAUAUUCGUUCUGUUAUCAAGAUCUUUCGGUUUUUUAUUGAGAUAUUUUUGUUUUUAAUUCCAAGCAGCCUGCAGCAUUCAUAUUUUAUUUCGGUUUAAUUCGAGGAACGGUUUUUUUCGUCACAGUAAAGAACCGAACUUAGCAGGGAAGUUCUGUUUAUUCAUCUGGGUUGAGCCCGAGUUGAGUCUUGUUUGCUUUUUCAACAAUUUCUUCGGUUUGAAACUCAUAUUUUUAAGACAUUUUCUCUGAACUUGUCUUGUCUUUUUUAUUUUGCUUCCUUGCGGUCCGUUCUCGUCCCGAUCCUGUUUAGCCAAGUACAGAAAAAAUUUUACUGUACAGGGUUGCAGCACAAUAAAAUAUGUAUGAACAUUGUCCGCUUUCGAGGCAUAAACUUUUCUGUUUACAUAGAACUGUGAUAGUUUGCACCUUUACUAAGAUCGCAAAUUACUAAAAUACAAAAUAACCAUGGCCCAAAUUUAACAUUUCGGUUCAGCACAUUUCAUCGAUUCCCAGUUUAAAUUUAGACUCCACGUUUCGCGAGGAGGCAAAACUAGAAUUCCCUGUCAUCGAUUGCCGAGUCGCACGUGCCGUAUUGCACCGCCCGCACGAUUACCUUUGACAUCGCUUCGGCAAAUCUGUUUUUUUUUUUUUUUUUUUUUUUUUUCCCCGAUGUUCCCUAAAACAUUUCAGGACAGGUAGAAACCUACGAUCGAAAAUCUUGAAUAAGUUCUUAUCUUCGAUUUGAUCGAGACGAAAAUGAGGUUUGAAAAUGGACUCGUGCAGAGAUCUAUCCGAGAGACUUAUGAAAUAUUGUAGCAAUUUGCUUGACACGACAGGACGCAAAAUUUUGAGUGGCAUUUAAAUUUUUGCUAUUUGCAAAAAAUGGAAGUUGAUCUAAAACAUUUGAAUUUGUUUUCAAUUGCUGAUUUAAAAGAUUGGAGAAAAAAAUGAAAUUGCCCAAAUUUUCAUUUUUGAAAUUGUUUUGUUUAAUUUGGGCAUGUACCACUCAGUUUGAUUGCUAGAAUGAUCCUUGCUUAAGAAAAAGUAAAAAUACUUGUUUUGGAAAGGCAACUACAUGUUACAGAAACAUAACAUGUUUUCAAAUUAAAUCAAUGACUUAUUUCUCAAUUCAAGCCCUUCCCAUCAUUCUAGACCGUACUGCUUAGACUGGUUACUUCAAAAGGACUUCUUGCUGAACUUUUCCAAGUCUCUCACGUUGUGGAAACUGAUGGGAAAGUUUUCCUGCUUACACUCACGUUUUUAAUUGUGUGGUGUUCCCCUGGGAAUUAACAAUGGUCUGUACUGAGAGAUUCAAGGUGUCAAAUUAAUUUUCUUUAUGGUAAUCUAUUCAGUGUGUUUUUAGUGUCAGAUCUGGUUAUUGCAGGCUACUGCAUGGACUAACCUAGCUUUUAGGUCAAAAGUUCUUUAAAAAAGGACUUUCUAGUGAUGUCAUUCAAAACCUUGUUGUAUAAGUGGACUUGUCAUAGCAUUCUUGGAGCAAUCAAUUUUAUUUUUUGUAUGGUGUGUUUUUCUUGAAUCUAGAUGAGGUCAUUACCUAUGGAGUGUUUGUGUUAUUGACAGAAGCUUUUCUUCAAAUUGACACCUUGAUUGCAUUUUUUUCUCUCAUGUUUGUUUCUUGAUGUUGAUUGACAGGAAACUAUUGGUCAUUUAUUUGCCCUUUAAACAUAUUUUAAUUUACUUCUUUUCCCUUGAUCCUUAAAUGCAUGAGCUUAUCAUUUCAUUGUUAUGUAAGGAUCAACUCUGGUUAAUUUGCAUUUCAUUCAUCCUUCUGCACGUGCACAGCUGUGUGCAGUCAGGGAUCAUUUGUGCCUGUUCACUGGAGCUAAUCGAUAGUUGUUAUCAUGUCAACUUAAGUAGCAUGAAUUUGAAAUGUUCAUGCCUUUAAGAUUUAUGGAAUUUGGAGUGCAUGAUGAAAACAAAUUGUGGUUACUGUUAAACUGUACAAAAUGAUUCUAAGAUUGUUUUAAAAACAACUUGUGUCCCUUAGGGAUGGCAAAUUUCAUUAGUUCAGGUGUAUAAGCACGAGCCUGUUUUGGUAACAUGUAAACAUGGAUGAGAUAAAAUAUGUAAAUGAAGAUGGCACAGUGUCAAUUCUUUUGUGAUGUUGUGUCCAAAGAGAGGAUUUGAACUAGGAGGACAGUUUACAGACUUUAAACCCUUACACCCUAACAUCACUAUCUACAUUCUUUAUACUCUUCUCAAGACCCUUUCUUAGGUCCUGGCUGGGAGAAUUCAUUUAGUUUUCAUUCUCACUGUCUUAAUGAAUGAUUCAGCAGUAUUACUUAGAGGAUCAAUUAAAUGUGGUCACUUUUGGGAUUUAAAGGAUUGUAAAAAGUGAAAAGCCAUUUUUGAUUAAACAAAAAGCAACCAAUUAUUGUGAUUUUAAGCCACAUGCUACCUUGAUUAAUUCUUCACUUUCCCUUUCCAUCCUUUGAGUUCACUUUGUAAUGGGGUUCAGCUAUGUUGUUUGUGAUGUUUUUGCACUAAUUUACCAUGCACCUCCAAGAUAUAGUCAUUGGACUUUAUUGAGAUUUCAGUCAGUCUGUAAAGUUGUUUAUAGUAUUUUUGCAUCGGUUCAACAUCUGCUGAUAUAGGGCUAAUGUUGUGGGUGGAGAUAGCUGCUUCCCCUUGUUGUUAUGCCCACGUUCCAUAUAUGGUCAAUUAUUAAUGUGGGCUUUUGUGCUCGUGCACUAGUGAAACUAUUCUUUUGCAGCAUCCUUGUAAAUGUUCAGCCAUUAGAUGUUCAUGUAGUAGAUUAAAAUUCCCCUUCUGAUAUUCCAGGAAUAACACAGUAGCCCAAGAAAUCAUAAGUCAAAUACAAAAGCUUCUGAGUACUAGGAGCCAACAGAAAGCCAAGUCAGCAGGGAAUGGCCAGGAAUACUUGCAUGUGGGAGAAGAACAUCUUAGAAGAAGAGAUUUCAAGAAAGCAGUGAUUUGUUUAUCACUGGUAAUAACUCAUAACGUAAUAGUUAAAUGAAAAUCAUUUUGCUGAAACAAUUAUGGCUUAUUUUGGUCCUCUCUUUCAAGUGUUCGUGCGGUAAACUUAAGUGGGUUAUGGCAUGGGGCUUUUGUUUGUUGUUGUUCUUCUUUUGUACUGAAGUUUCUGUUUUGGUAUGUGCAUAGUUUUCUCAUUUGUUAAAUCUUUUAAAUCAGCUGUUUGUAUGUCAUUAUUUCUAGCAUUGUGCUCACUUACUUGAGGAGUUACUUUCGACCUACCAGAGAAACAUUUGAUUUGCAAAACUCCCAAUAAUAGUUGCUUUUUCUUCCACUUUGUAGGCUAUCCAGCAAGUCCUUUUGUCCAGGUCUGAUAACCAAACAGCACUCUCUAACCAACAUAACGAUUUAUGUGACUUGGCAUCAUCUGACAGUACCGAAGACACCAGUAGGUCUGAUGGCCAGCCCAACCUUGCUGCUCUCUAUACUCAGAGAGCUGAGGUUCUGUAUCAGGCACAGGAAUAUAAGGUAUGAUGCUUACACUAUAAGAACCAACUACACUUUCAGGAUAUGACUUCUUUUCUUUGAAUUUUUCAUGUUCCCCAUGACAAAAAUUUUCUUUCUGUUACAUAUAUGCUCCACAAUAUUUUACUUUGCAGAGACUUCAAGAAAUUCUAUUGUGAUCUUAUCUGGAAGGUGUUUUAAUAAUAAUUAUUUCCUUUUUAUUUUCCAGGCAUGUCUUAAUGAUAUUCAAGAGGUAAUAUCUCUGCAGCAUCCCCAAGCUCUUACUGGGAAACUUGUUAAUCUUCAGAAAUUUUGUCAAAGAAAGUUAUCAUCCUCUCAACACUUGAUUCAUGGUAAGUAUUGAUGCUUUCUUAUGUUGUCUUUUACCUUUGGACUUCUUUUUUGUGCAAUCUUUACUGAGUGUAACUGUAUUUGUUCCUCCAAAUUUUAUUUUAGGUGAGGAUACUUCACAGAACAUUCCCACUGUUACCGGAGGACAACACAGCAAAAUAGCCAAUGGAUCCAGUUUGAUUGAAAUCAGUUGCACAGCCAGCCAGGGACGAUUUUUGAAGGUUGGUUGUCAGGAUGGCACAAUACAAAUAAAUCCUACAAAAUUGGAAAAAAUACUCACUUACAAAAAUUUGAUUUUCUGCAGCAAGGUGUUCAAGAUUUAAUAUGUCCCUCAUUAUAUAACAAUAACAAACCUUGUUCCUCUAUUCAGUUCUUAAGCACCAACUGAUUUUUUUCUACAAGUUCUAUUGUUACACUCAUUAUCAUAUGACCUAUGCAUGUGUUCUUAAUAUUCAAAAACAUUUUUUUGAUUUCUGCAGGCAUCAGAUGACAUCCGUGCUGGAGACACUCUUAUCUCUGAGGCACCAUAUGCUGCAGUUCUCUUACCAGAAAAUGCCCUGACUCAUUGUGAAUGUUGCAUGAAAACAUUGAUAGCGCCCUUUUCGUAAGUGAAAAUUGUGCACAAGAGAGGUGGCAAUAUUAAGUUAAAAAUAUUGAUAAAGAUAAGAAAGAAAUGUGUAUUUCAAGCAUUUCGUUUAUUCAACUUUUGUUGAGUUUAGCACAGUCACUUCAUUUUCCAAAUGAAUGUUUGAUAGUGUAGAACCCAAGAUAGGGUAUUAUGAAACCUGAAAAGUCUCACAAUUCUAUCAUUUUUCAGGCUGGGAAACUCACUGAGUUUUAGAGUGGGUUGUGAAAAGUCAUGGAAAAUGAAAGAAAAAUGAAAAAGUUUAGAACAACAAAGUAAAGAUGUCAGCCUUAGUUUAAUUUUUUUUCACUUUAAUGUGGAAUGAGCUUCUUAAUCUUUUGUUUUGGAAACUUUACAAACAUCUCUGAAAAGGUCGUAGAAUUUUAUGAUUCAAAAGAGUAAGACUUUGAACUGUCAUUGAUUCCUUUUCAGAUGCCAUGACUGCUGUGAAGUCCAGUACUGUUCACAAUCAUGUCGUGACAAGGCCUGGUCACAGUACCAUAAAGUGGAAUGUGGCCUUAGUCCGCUCCUUAAAAUGGUAUGUCUUACUGCUCAUAUGGUAGUUACUGACACCAUCUAAAUCAAGGUAUUAAAACCAACAAAAUCACUAAUAACUACUUUUUUUCGCAGAUGGAUACAUUCUUCCAGUUAUCCCUCAGAAUAAUUCUGGUUACAAGAACUGAGAGCAUUCUUGGUCAGUAUAGCAAAUAAAAUACUAAAAUUUCUUCCUUUUUUAAUUUUUAACCCUCCUUGUAUCUUUGUUCUUAAUGUCAAUGGAAAGGAAACAAAUAAUUAUACCUUUCUUAUGUUGUUUUGAUUUUUUUGUCAUCCUCUUAUACAGAAUUCUUCACGGGAUCAAGUGAAAAGACUGAUAGCACAAAUGUUAACAGAGUGUCAGGAUGUGGCCCAGAGGGUGAAUACUUGGGUUAGUAGAUGGUUACAGUAAAAAUUCCUCCAUGUCUGUGUCGCAGUAACACUGUAUAUUUGGCUAACACUCUGUGUCUUUUUGAUCACAGGUGAUUAUGGUUCUGUGUUCUCUUUGGUGACUAACACAGAAUCACAGCCGGUAAAGACCCUGAUGUCUCAUGCACUGGUAUGUCAUUUUUCAUACUUUGUGGUUUGAAUACUUUCAGUGAUGGCUGUGUUUUUUGUGAUCCAAAAGGCUGAAUCUAUAGGUGCAAUGCUAGAACAAAACUAUUUUUCUCAGUUAGAUACCUACUGAAAAACUUUGAUUCCUGAUGUUGUUUUCAGAACUGUGCGUUACUAUCUGAGUUUCUUCAAGAUGUGCUGAUUAAGAAAGAGGAAUUGCCUGCAAGACCAACAAAUUGUGAUGAUUGUACAAGGAACAGGCUUUGUCAGGCCAAUGAACAACCACAUGGACAAUUUAAACAGAACUACAUUUUUCAAAAUCUUCAAAGUUUGUUUCCCACUGAUACAAGCCCAAGUUCCUUGGGAGGUGAUGUGGUAGGCUGUUUACUUUUCCACCACUCACAGCAAAUGGCUUGCAAUGUCCACGCUAUUACAGCAAUUGUGUCAACAAAUGGGGACAAACCCAGGCAGCAAGUUGUAAGCAGGGAACAGAAGAGAAUAGGGAGUGCUAUUUAUCCAACAGCAUCCUUGUUGAACCAUGCCUGUGAUCCUGAUGUCAUAGUUAGGUGAGUGUUUAGGUUAGCAAGCUAGAGUCUUCUCUCAUGUUUUAUCUUUUUGUUGUGAGGUCAACACUUAUAAUGUGGUUAAAUUCACUAUGAAAUCCCCUGGGGUAGAGCUUUCAGCCGCAAAGUUGAAAGGGCUGUGGCUGAAUCCUCACCUAGGAUUCUGAUUCUUGUAUGGGCUCAUGCUUCUUACAAGAAAACCUUCUUAAAAGAAAACAUUUUUCAAGGAUAUUGGGUUCUCGUUGGGAAUUGUUACUUGGCUAUUUUACCUUUGAGUUUUUUUUUUUUUGUGUGCAAUGUGCAAAUUGUGAAAGCUCUCAGAAAAAGAGGGGAAAAAUCAAAGGGUGUGAGGUCCACCAAGAACUGCUGUAAUAUCAACUGUUUGGUUGAAUACAACACUCUUGUUGAGUAGAAUAAAUUUGAUGCAAAUUAACACAAAUACUUCUAACUUUAUACUCCAGCUUUGUUGAUGGCCAUCUAGUGGUGAGGGCAACCCAUAACAUCUCCAAAGGCUCAGAGAUUUCCCACUGCUAUGGUGAGUUUUAUCAGAGGACUCACUGACUCUGUACACUGAAGUUGUUUUUGUCAAGUUUUUCUGAAGGAUAGCAUAAGUUCCAUAUUUUCCUAACUUUGUUAUUGAGCAUUGAUGUAGACAAGCCUUCAAUAACACUUUUUUUUGUUUGUGUACAGGCCCUCAUGUUAGUCGCAUGGGUUAUGAAGAUCGUCAAAAGCUUCUGUACAAACAGUACUUCUUUACUUGCCAGUGUACUGCGUGCAAGAGGUGAGCUAUGAAGCUUGUUACCUUAGCAAAUGUUUUUGCAGUAUUUACAUGUAAAACACUAUUGCCUGUUGUUCAGUACAAUAUCUGUGUUCACUUUGAAAAAUAACUCUGAAAGACAUGGUUGAAUAAUUUAAUGUUGUAAUCAUUUACUAAUUAACCGUUUAAACCUUAAAAGUGACCAGUAUCUAAUUUCUCCUUACAACAUCAGCCCUGAAUCACACAUCAAGGUCAUGAGAAUAAAGUGAAUGAUCUCCAACUUAUGAAGCUGUUGAUUGUUAAACAAAUUCUCCUUGUCAGCACCCUAGGCAAUGUGUAGAGAACAGUAUGGAGAAUAUGCAUACUGAUGUUAGGGUGGAAAGGGUUAAUGUCAGCUCACUGGGAAGGUUUAAAUCUGAUUCUAUACUUUUUUUGGUUUUAGUGAUGAAGAAAUGGAGAACAAAAGGUUAUGCUUCUCGGCCUUUGCUUGUCCUCAGUGUAAACAUGCCAUGAGGCUUUCCUCGGUGGCCAGUGGAAACAUUGGAACAUGUCAGAACCGAGAGUGUAACUUGGAGAAGAAUAUGCUUGAUGAGUGCAGAUUGGCACGAGAGGCAGAACUACUCUUUGUUAAAGGGGUGCGGUUGUUAGAAAGAGUUGGAGUGAAAGAGGCUCUUGAUGUAUUUCAUGAAUGCUUGAGACGGCGUAAAAUUCUGCUUCACGCUUAUAAUAAGGACUUGGCUGAGACGCACGAUGCUAUUGCAAGGUAAGAUUUGUAAAAGUGGCUGAAAUCGUCCUCAGGAUCAUGUUAUGGAAAUUUUGGGAUGGAAUGAAAAUCUUUCAUUUUGAGGGGCAGGGGUUUUAAUUUUUCACUAGCAUUGGGUAUUAUCAGCUACACUUGUAUCCCUUCAGAUAUGAAAGAAGAGAUGAGAUUCUUCUUGAGGGUAGGUUUUUUAUUAAGGCUUUAGGUAGAGGAGGUGGAAGAGAACCUGCCUACAAAGCAUUUGAGUCGUAAGGGCUUCUAAGUUGUGGUAUGAGUACAGACAGAAUGGACCUGUCAUUUAUUGUCUCCUAGUUUUGAUUUCCUUUUUUUCCCUUGGUUUUUCCUCAGGUGUUAUGCCAUGAUUGGAGACUUUAAAAAGGCAUGCUACUACUGUUCCUACAGCUGUGAGGCAGUUGAAAAGGCAUUUGGUUCUUCGAGUGUGGAAUACGCUCACGAGCUUCACAAGCUUUCACAGCUCCUAUUCAAUGACCGGCAGAUCAAGAAAGCACUCUCCACAAUCGACAAGGCCACGAAUCUCCUAACUCGGCAUUACGGUCGGAGUAAUCCAGAUGUGAAGGAACUAAGCGAGAUGAAACGUUGUCUUGUUUCCGUUGGUGGUUAUGCAAGGAACAACAGUUCGUGACUUGGUAGUCACGCAAUAAUGCAACGUGACAGUCGAACUGUAGUUGCUAUGACUAAAAAAAUUGGUAGAGUUUUUGGAAGUGUAUGGGUUUUUCGUCAUCUUUUUUUAAGCUUUCUUAGAUGACUGUGUGAUUUCUGUGAUCCAAUUGUGUGACUCAUAUUACGUUUAGUGGUUAUAUGGCGGGUCACACAAUCCUUUUGGAUACCAGUUUUCUGUUAAAACAAAAUUAAAAAUACAUUGAAUGUAAAAUGAUUAACGGUUUGUAUGAAUUACUUUUUGUUAUGAAAACAUCUUUUAUACUAAAAGUUUGGUGUUAAGUUAUAUAAUGCGUUCUCUUCAGUGCAGGAGACAUCGUUACAAAAA